AUAAGAGCGCCAGAUAUUGAUAUUAUUGUUAGUAUCCUGUGACUUUUUAAAGUAACAGAGAAGACGACAAUCUCCCGAAUACUGCGAUAUAUUUCUGGUAUUACAAAUUAUCGUUGAUUGUCGCGAAGUAUUGUUUUAGCUGGCACGAAAGUCUGAUAUACGAGAUCUCGGAAAUAAAAACCCGGCAUGGAGUGCCUAAGAUUCUUAUUUAUUAGCGGUCUGCUCUUCAAGAUCGCAACAGCGUUAGUUUUCAUGAAGAAAGAUUGUCCACUCGAUCGAUCGGAAUACCGCUUACCAGUGAAAGGGAUUGUGUGCCGACAUUAUAACAUCAAAUUAAUAUCUAUGUUCUCCGAGACCGACCCUGACGAAUUUUUUGAGGGCGAAGCCAAUUAUUUGAUCGAAAUUUAUGAGAAAACGGACAGGAUAAGCUUACACUAUAGCAAUCAAUCAGAAUUGGACGAACAUAUUAUAGGCUCAUCAAGAUUGACUUAUCCUUCGAAUAUUACGUAUCAAGUUUUCAUAUCGAACCGCUAUAUUUAUUGCCCUGCAACACAGAUCCUAACGAUCGAUUUUGAGGACGAUCUACCUCUCGGGAAUUAUACUUUGGACAUAAAAUUCAGAAGUGCGCUAAUUACUGACAGCGUGCCAGGCUUCUCAAAAAUUACAUACUUCAACAAACAGGAACAACAAAAGUCGUUCAAAUAUAGUGGGGAGAUGUUUGCAAUGAAUUUUCCUUGGGCUGCUCGGACAGUGUUUCCGUGCUGGGACGAGCCGACUUUAAAAGCAACUUUUGACAUCUCAGUUAAACAUCCAUUUUACUAUACGGUUUUGUCGAAUAUGCCGAUACAAGAGCAGAUAGUAGAAGAUCAUAUGAUAUGGACUCACUUUAACACCACCCCUUUGAUGCCUACUUAUCUCGUGGGAGUUGUGAUUUUCAACAAUUUCGCCGUCAUUACCAGCGGAGAUGGGUCUAUCAACAUGUGGGGUAGACGGGAAAUAAUUGACCAAUUAAUAUCAGCGCAUGAAGUUGCCGUACAGUGUUCGAAUUACAUAUUGACUGCCAUGAAUUUUACUAAAAAGAUUUCAAAAAUGGAUCUAAUUGCGAUACCACCUUCCUUCCUUCGGACCAAAUCAAAUUACGGAAUCUACAUCUACAAAGAAUCAGACCUGAUACAGGGCCGGACUGAAUUAGAGAAACAAAGUCUCAUAGCUCAACACUUAAUACAAACUCUGAUGUAUCAUUGGUUUAACGAUGUUAAUCCGGCUCAGUGGAAUUACUUGUGGAUGAAUGAUGGAAUCGUGACGUUCUUCGGCUUAUACAUCACCAACAAGCUUUUCGAACAAUUGCGGGUAAUUGAUCGCUUCGUGGUAGAGAAUCAACAACAACUUUUGUCUGAAGAUAUUGUAUUUCAUGUAAAUCCAGUUAUGCACGAUAUCGUAACCCCCAAGGAAAUUGACAUCUUAUUUUCUGGUGUUAUGCAAAAGAAAGCAACUGCUUUAGUACGCAUGAUGUACCAUGCUAUUCCCGACGAAACUUUUCGGAAAGGGAUCAGAAUAUACUUGAAGGCAAAUCAAUUUUUGUCAGUCACUCCGGAUAAUUUGUGGAAAGCUUUGGAAAAAGCUAUGUUGUGCGAAAUAGAAGUCCCUGACGAUUGGGAUUUGGAAAAAGUGAUGGAUAAUUGGCUUUCAACUUCCAAUUAUCCCGUAUUAGAUGUUAAACAUUAUUCUAUAUUUCAAAGAAUAGUUAUUACGCAACAGAAUUUGUACAUGCAAGAAUCGGAAAAUUUCUGGUGGUUACCAAUAACUUAUACAACCGAGUCGAAUCUCAAUUUCGACGAAACCUCGCCUAAUUUUUGGUUAAAACCAUCGGAUAAGCAUAAGCACAUUAGCAAUAUCCCCAAUGGUUGGGUAAUAUUCAAUUUGCAACAAACUGGAUACUACCGCGUCAAUUAUAAUAUGGAAAAUUGGCGUAGACUCACAAAUUACCUGAAAUCUGACAAUUACAAGAAGAUACAUCCUAUAAAUCGUGCUCAACUUAUCGACGAUUCCUAUCAUCUGAUGUUGGCAGGCCAUCUCGAUGGCACAGUAUUUUUAGAACUCUCGAGCUACCUAAAACAAGAGAGAGAUUAUAUACCGUGGUAUCCUAUGAAGAGGAUUUUGUCGAAUAUGACGACAUUUUUCCGAUUCCCAGAGAGUGCAUCGAUUAAAAAACAUAUGCGAGUAAUCCUGAAUAAUGUGCUUGAGGAUAUAGGAUAUAAAGAUAAUUUUGAUGACACUAACUUUACAAAACUUUUAAGAUUAUUGGUAUUAGAGCUGAUAUGUAAACUCGGUAACGCCAUGUGCUUGACAAUGGCUAAUACAAAUUUAGUCGCGUAUCUCGAGAAUCCCGAUGCACCUGAUAUACAGCCGUUGUGGGAGGAGUGGAUAUUCUGUAUGGGAAUGAAGAAUGCGGACGAUACCAGUUGGUCACGGAUGAUAAACGAAUAUAUGCUCACGAAGAAGUCCGAAUAUUUAGAUUAUCUGAAUUGUGCGGAAAGUUCCAUAUUGAUUUGCGAUUACAUAUCCAAACUUGUAUCAAAUUAUUUUCACAUAGGGAAGCAUGAACGCUUGCGAAUCAUACGUAAUAUCCUAAAGAGACAUGCGUCGGACGAUUUAGUUCUUGAUUAUAUUUUAACGAACUACAACUUGAUAAGAACUAUUGCACAGUUUUCAAUAAUAGAUUUUAUCAUCCCGAAUAUAUACAGUGUGGAACAGUUGCAAAAGGUAGAGAAAUUCGUAAUAAGUCAUCAGUUUAGCGAAGAGGAAAUGGAGUUUCCAGUAAACUACACGCAACGUCUCAUAUCCAGUAUUGCGACUCAAUCGAAGAACAUUCGGACAGAAAUAAAGAUGUUUACUAAUCAAUUCAAUAUUAGUGAAACUAAAAUGAUUUCGAUUUGAAUCAAGAACCGAAUAUGACGAAACGAUCGUUUCACUACGUAGAACACAUGCUCUCGAUCGUGAAGUGUAAGAUUAAUUGCUAUUGAGAACACACACAGAUAUAAUAAUUUGAACUUGUCAUUCAACUAGGAUUUAGGAUUAAACUUAGAAUUAAACGCAAACUAAAGAUUUAAUAGGAUUAAAGUUGGGAUAUAUUAACUUACUUAUUACUAAGUGAACAAAAAAACAUCAAAUUGACAUUUGAAAUGUCAUGCGUAUGCGUGAAACGUUCUCACUCAAUAUUUCAAAAGUAUUGCAAAGAUAUUACUGGAUGAUAUAUGAUCUCUUUAAGAAUAUCGUAAAAAUAUUUUUAGAAUAUUUGGGUGCCAAAAUUAUUCGUAAUGAUGUUGAUACAAUGUUGAAAUCUACAUUAGAAAAGGUUAUAUAGUAUUGACCAUCAUUGCAAUAACGUUUUAUCAAUGCUUUUUUGCUCACUGAGUAAAGUUAUAAACGUUUGUUAUUCAAAUUACAAAAGUUGUUAAAGUUAAUUUGUUGUUACUUAUUUCUUAAAGUCAGUACUCACUAGAAUUUAUUUAACUUGGGAUUCAAUUUAUAAUUUUAUAAUCGUAUGCGCAUUAUUAAUAUUAUUUAUUGAUUAUACAAAGUAGUGGCAACGAUGUAUCAAAGUAGCAACAUCAUUCGAAAUGAGAAAAUUUUGUAAUCUCAAUUAUAUGUUAUACAAGUUUAAGUACAGUGAUGUGUAUUCCAUCGCCAGAUAUAACUUCACAUCUGGAAACUUGAUAUUUUAUAUAUAGAGUUAAAUAGCUUUAUAUAAAUGAAAUUAUAUGAAAUUGUCGCAGAAAUUUCUACGCACACAUAAUUUUGUAAGGAGUAAAUUAUAAUAUACAUGUUGCAAACUCGA